AGUUAAGCGCUUCAUAGUAGACAACAGCAUUUAGAGCUAUGGGCAAUGAAGGCAGCAAACUAAAAGGAAUACUUGUUGAGGAAAAUGCGGUGGAGACUAAUAAAUUUUGGACAGUUUAUAACGCAAAGACACCAGCGACAACCAACGAUGAACGUUGCAGCCAGAUGCUUUCCGUAUUCGAAGGAAAGGUCUUUGUCAAGGCACACGUUUGGUCUAAUGGAGUGGGCCCAAUUGAAAGAGCAAUAAAAAACCUGAUGGUCUACCGCCACCCGUACAUCUUAAAAUAUAUAGCUACCUGGGAGAAGUCGGGACGGAAGUAUCUUGCUACAGAGAGAGUCAGACCUCUUGAUGAGGUGCUGGCCCAGCAGACUGACAUUGAAGUCUGUCUAGGGCUGCGAACCAUUCUAUGCGCUCUAAUAUUUCUGGUUGAGAAGGCUCAUGCACGGCACUUAAAUAUAAACACGCAGUCUAUUUACGUAACAGAGAGUGGAAGCUGGCGUCUCGCUGGCUUCGAGUACGUUUGGAGGGCCACAGAUGUCAACAAACAACUGCUCGACUUGGCGCAUUCUUUUAUAGACUUGAGUAUUCACGGAGAGAACUUCGAACAAUUUUUCUUCUCCAUUCUGUGUGAGAAAGUGCUGAGCAGGAAAGGAGCUGACAGUUGCAUUACUGAUAGUACUCCACACGUCCAGGAGUUCCGUGAGUAUUGCAGCACACACCUGAAGCAUCAAAAUACAAAGCUAAGGCCAAGACUUUCUGCUAUCUUGCUACAUCCAUACUUCAACCAUGAAUUCGUGCUUAUACAUUCCUUUCUCUUUGAGUUGCCACUGAAGUCAGUGCACGAGCGCCACAAAUUCUUUAGAAGUUUGAUUGAUCGAUUGCGAUAUUUCGACGAGGAAGUAGUGGCUUCGCAGCUGGCGUGUGACUUACUCUCUAGAAUGGUUCUGCUGGAUCCUGCUGCACAGGAAUUUGUGACUCCGCAUAUACUCCGUACAAAAGUUACUGAUAAAGCACCGGCAUCGCUAUUUUCUCCGCAAAUCUAUGUACAAUACCUAAUGCCACACAUACUGAAGAUGUUCCGCUUGCGUGAUGCACAGAUUCGAUUAAUACUUCUUGACUAUUUUAUGGACUAUGUUCGUCUCUUAAGCGAUGAGCAACUAGAGAGCGAGAUUCUUCCUCAUUUACAGCUUGGUAUGAACGACACUAACGACGUCUUGGUAGGCAAAACACUUAGGUGCAUGGCUGAUUUAGUUUCCAUAUUAGGAGCCAACAAAGUUUUGGGAGGCGAUCGUACACGAUGUUUUUCUGAUGGGCGUCCACACGCUGCUGUUUCCAGAGACAGCACCAAUCCUUUUCCCGAACCGCGUUCUAUUAGUCCCUUAAUGAAUACUAGAUCCUUCGACGUAGAAGACUUUAUGGUUUCUGCGAGCCCAUUGCCCCAAGAAAGCAAUGCCUCCCCUUUAUCUAUUCGCCUAAGCCCAGACGGUGGGGAGGACGAGAAAGUGGGGUUAAAUUCAAAUGAAAAAUCUAUAAGCAUAAAACAUAAUAUAGACCCCGAGAGAAACUCGAAUAUAUCUGGCACAGAGCAUGAAAAAGUGACCAACGUUGAUGAGGAGGGAACUUGGCUUGAUUGGGACAAUACAGACCACCUUCAACAGGGCUACCAAGUGGAUCAGGCUCCAACCGACUCUGAAACAAACAGUAAUGCAUUGACUAGAGAGAUCCAAAUAAGCAAAUCUUUAUCGCCCUCAUAUCGCACUGGAGUAAACGAGACAAUAUCUCAGACAGAACAGAAAGUUAUCGAUGAUCUCAGUGAGCUGGACAUAAAAGUGCAAACGGUGAUUCAAAGGUCUGAGUUACACGAAUUUGAUUUCUUCAAAGAUAUGGAACCAACCAUCGAAAUAAGGACUAGUACCUGCGAGACACCGGAGCAAAUAAGCAGCCGUUUUGCUGCUGCUGCGUCAGCCGUGAACUGUAAUGAGCUGUGUGCCGAUCAGGGUUGGGGUCAUGAUGAACAGGAUAAGGACGACAUUGUCUGGGGCGUGACGAAUGCAUCAACGCUUUAAUACAAAAUGGAGGUAUUUUUACUGUUAACUUCACAAUAAAACCCAUAAAUGUAAUCAAAUUAGAUAUGUUUUUGUAUCAGGUAUCUUUGGAGAUGUUUUAAAAUCAUACCUAACACACUUUCCGUAUAUGCAAAAUACACUUCAUCAGAAAAACCUA